ACUGACGAGUCCACGUUGCACAAAAUGUGUAGGGCUUACGAGUUACGAAUGUUUACGGUUCCCCAUGUUUACAUGCACGCCCAAUAACACAAUUUGAAGAAAAUAUAGUUCUACCGCCUCGCGUAAUAUACUUUAAUUUCUGUUCCAAAUUCAAGGACAAUUGACUUCAUACAACCAUUUAAAAAUUAUAAAAUGACUAUCCAUGGUCUUUUCAAAAGCCUAAGAAAAAUACAUUCAAAAUGCGCAAUAAUAUUAUCUUAAAUUUUCUGGUUAUCAAACAAGAUGGCAGCUUCCAUGAAGAAACCGUCUGUAUCAUUUACGCUACCAAUUGCUUGUCAAAUCUGCUUAGGAAAGGUGAAAGAGCCGGUGGUCUGUAGUAACCAACAUGUAUUUUGUAACUCUUGUAUGGAGGUAUGGCUUCAGCACAGGUCUCAUUGCCCGACAUGUCGUAUCCCCAUUACAACAGAGAGCCCAUGCAAACAAAUCCUUGGUGGCCCCAGUUGCAGCGAGGACUCGGAAAAGAGAAGGUCUACCCCAGAGCUCCGUAAGAUGAGAUUUGAGAUCCUACACAGAGAAUAUGAGGCUGAAAUUGAAACUCUCCAAAGUGAAGUGAAUAGGCUCAGAGCUAGAAAUUAUGAACUUGAAAAAUGCAAAUCCAAUGAGUAUCAACACCCCUCAACAUCAGUAGACCUGUCCACUUUAAAACUAACUUCAUCGGGUGGUUCUACUGACUUAAAGAAGCACCAGGUUGAUACCACUAGGAAAGAGGGGAGCUCAGAACAUCCCAGUCAAAAUAACUUCUCAGCAAGUAAUUUUCUUUUGCUGACACAGAAAUACAAGAAGAUUAGCCAUGUUUAUCAGAAGCUAAAGGCUGAGAUGGAAAGAAUGAGACAAGAUAACAAUCAGUUGAGAGACACCAAUGCAGGUUACCUAUUAGAGAUUGGAAGACUGAAACAAUCACUCACAUGUAAAUCACCUAGAAAGUAUGAGAAGUAUGCCCAGGCAGCUCAACAGGCCAAGCUAGACAAGAGUGAGCAGGAGGUAAAGCAGUUGAAACGAGCCUUGGAACGUACCGAUGUCUAUGUGGAAGAACUAGAGUGCAAGUUAGAGAGAUACAAACAAGCUCAUGGUGCUUCAGAAGCCAGGGCUAAUCUCUCUCUUGAACUUGAGCUUGAUAGUUUCAAUGUCGGAGGAUCCAGGGAUUCUGUCAAGGUUGGUGAAGAUAUCACUCAGUUUCCAGAGAGUCCUAGUGCAGGAGAUGACUGCUUGGCAGAAAGUCCUUUUAAGAUUGAAGGUGAUGAACCGGCAGCUAAGAGGUUUUACUCUAAUAAGGGAGUGACUCUGCAUUAUUCUCCCUCCAGUAGUGGUACACCUUCCACAAGUUGUUUAAGUAGGGACACACCAUCUUCCCCUGAUCUAACGCUUCAUGCAAAGUUCCAGGAGUCCUCUAAGAAUGGCAUUGUAAGAGGAUCAGGAAGGAAUUCUCUAUCUGAUGAUAGACCAAGCUCAAGUUGUGUAUCUUCUACUACUCCUAGCAGUGCUUUCAGUUUCCUAAAGCUGAAUUCAGAUACCAAGUCAGUAAGUAAAGUUGACAGUCAGGACAAUGCUGCAAUGGAUGCAGAGAGAGGCACUUACUCCAUGUCGACUUCUUUAAAGAAAAGUCCAAGAAGACAUUUGAAGUUCGACACCCAAACACAGAUCUCUUCUAGAGAGACCCUGAAGAUUGAUCACACUGUGUUUGAAUCUGUUAGUUCUGCCUCCGAUAACCCCAUUAACCCUGGUCGAAGAAAUGCUCUUGAUUUAAAAGGGAAAUCUCCUGUAAAAAGAAAGCUGGAUGAUACUAGUAAUGAUACAUUGGAUGAUCUGGAUUAUACAUUGACUGAAGAGAUUGUAGAAUGCACAAAGUUGUUGAAGGCUGCAGAGAGAAGGAUUCAGGAAAGGAAUGGUAAGAACAGUCUGGGUCCUUCAUCAUCAGGUAACAGCUCCUCAAGUUAAUGAGAGAUCCCAAUUUAGAUAUUAAACUUGGGCAAAUUUCAUGCAAAUUCUGACAUUGUACAGAAACAAUGAAGUUAUUCCUGAACAGAUUAUGGACAUUGUAUGAUUAUGCCAAGACUUGUGUCCUAAUUGUUUUUGUUGGAAGUUUUAAUUAUGACAAAAGAGCAAUACAAGGACUGCCAGAUUCAUUGUCACAAGAAUGUGCUGGAUCCUUUUUUCACCAAACUUUGCCAUUUCUUAGAGGUAAUUUUUUCUUAUUUCCCUUUUAAGCAUCAUUAGUGAGGAAAAUAUGUUUAUUGAGGCUGGUAACUUUCGCAAAUGCAUUCAAGCAAUUAUUCUUAUAUUUAUAAAUGUGUUGGGGAGGGGAAUGGAAAUUAGUAUGUGUUGCUACAUGUAUGCCUGGGAAAGACACGGUGCAAAUGGCUCCCUCCCCUGCAGCCUGUUUUUUUUUUUAGGGGGUGUUUUUUACUAGGCAGAAAAUUCUUGUUUAUCACUGCAUUGUCUCCAGUCAUUCCAUGGUCCUCUCCUAAGCUGUGCAACACCAAAAUGCAUUUUCAUUGUGUUGUAUACAGAUACAUAUGGAUGGAAGACGCUGCCGUUGGCAGUACACAAAAGCUUUCAGUAUGACCUAGAAUUUGUACAUAUUUAAUCAGCAGCUAGGCAAGUAAAAAACUUCAGUGAUGUAGUUUCUUAAUCACCAAUAUAAACAGAAUCAAAAUAGAUGCAAAAUACAGCCAAUAAUAUAUCAUAUUUUACAUAAAGUAACUAAAUUCCCAUUUGUACAGGUACAUGUUGAAUGAGUCUUCUUUUCACACAGAAAUUGAAAGCAGCACAUAGGGGUUGCAUAUGAUCAGGGCAGAUAUGGGAUAGCCUAUCAUUAGGAAAUAUCCUUUUGACUUUCCCUGGUACAUGUAGGUGGUAUUAUUUUGUCUUUCAAUCAUUUGUUUUACCUGAAAUUGAAUGAAUAUAAGCUUUACUGAAUAAUGCAGUAAUUACAUUUAAUGGUACAUUGCCUUUGGGCGGAUCUCCAUAGAUUCAAAUAAAUGAGAGUUUACUCAUUCUAAUGAUAGUAUGAACUAUUGCAUGCCCUCCCAUAAAUAUAAUACCUGAUCAACCAAUUACUUGAUGAUAGAGACAAUCUAAUUGAAAUAUGUACUGUACAAGAGUAAUCAGGGAGUUGUUCAUCUACAUGACAUUACACAUCUUGGCCCUCACUGCCAAUGGGAGGAUCUCCUUAGCAUUUAGUGAUCUCAACAUUUAAAUUGUCAUAAUUUUCUUAUUAUUUAUUAAACUUUCUUAAACUUUCAUUUAUCUGCUUCUCUGACUUUUCUAUUUUAUACAAAUCAACUGGUUACGAGGGUUUCAUUUCCUUUUAAAUGUCUGUUUUUUGGGGGUGCAACUUUUCACAACUUACUGCCUAAAUUUGCAACAUUGGAUAAGCUUUAACAUUGCGAUCAAUGGGGAUUUUCCAGGGCUCCUUCUUUUCAGUUUCCAGGACUUUUCUUGAGCAUCUCAGAGGCUAAAUCGCCUCAAGCCCCCGUGUAUUUUUUCCCUUCUCUAUGCAAAUAUUCCUUUCAAAAUCUUAUUUUGUUAAAGUAUGUAUGAAAAUAUUUUGGGAUAAAAAAUAUAUUUUUUAUGUGAGCAUGGAGACAUUGAACACCUUUUUGGCUAAGUUAUGAAUCAUUGUGCAUAUUUAAAAUUAUAUGAAUGAUGUUUCUAGUACCUAUAUAUAUUAUAUAUAAAGUAAUGUCAACAGAUUCUGGCAAUUUUCCUUCUUCUUGGUAGAUUUAUAUUAUUAAUAAUGCACAUUGAUUCAGGCAGUAAUAUCAUCACACAUUUUUUUUCCUCCUAUAUGAUUUAGAUAAUUCACAUCCCAUUUUGUUUCUUCAUAUUUAUUUCAGGUCAUUCAUAUUCAAUAGCCAUGGAGGUCCUGUUUUUUUUUUUUUAUAACUGUACAAAACGUGAAAAUUACCAUCAGAUUGUGAUUUCGAAACGGUUAUGCAACCCCCGAUAUUAUGUUUAGAUAUUAAGAAAAGCUUUAUGAAAAAUGAUCCUUGAGUAUUAAGUAUACAUGGCAGGUCCUUGGUAGUAUAAUUUAUCUUUUGUAUGAUUGCAUAUCAUUGUCUUUCUAUUUUGUUUAGUUUGAUAUAGUUGUGGUAUUAGUUGCAUCCAUCAGUAGCAUUUAAUUCAGUAAAUAUUUGUGUCAUAUCUUAGGUCCAUUAGUAUAUCUUUUUGUUAUUUUAAAAGCAAUAUGUACGGUAUGAAUAAUGAUUUAGAUGAUGAAAGACAUGCUCGAAAUAUAGUUUGUGCGUGAUUCUAUAA